AUGGCGCACGUUCCCUCCACCGAUGCAUCAUCAGGCCCACCGCCUCCCACUGAGCCUCCCAACGCAGGUGCCACAGCGUCGUCGAUCCAUCACUACGCCAUUCGCUUACCACCUUUCUGGAGCCACAACCCCACCGUGUGGUUUUUACUAGUCGAAUGCCAGUUUGCGUUGAGCGGCAUCACCUCCCAGCUGGCCAAGUUUCGGCAUGUGGUGAGCGUCCUGCCCCAGGAAGUUGCCGCCCAGCUCAUCGAUGUUCUCACCGCGCCCCCCGCCGCAAACCCGUACGACGCUCUCAAGGCUGCCUUGCUCGAACGGACCACCGCCUCCGAGCGAAAGCGCUUCCAGGAGCUUUUGUCAGCCGAAGAUCUGGGCGACCGCCGACCAACAGAACUCCUGCGUCACAUGCAGAACCUUCUCGGAGAGCGAGCAGUGACGUUCGAUGCAAGCUUCCUGAAGCAGCUGUUCCUACAACGACUCCCACCAACGGUCCAGAUGAUCCUCACGUCCGCUUCAACACUCUCGCUUCCGGAAUUGGCACUCCUGGCCGACAAAGUAAUGGAGGUUGCCCCCCCAUUCCAUCUCUGCAAUUCCACCUGCGGCAAUCACAAAUCCUCCCAUCCGUCCACACCCUCAGGCCUGUCCACCCACUGCUCUGCCGCCCGCGGACCCCAUUGUCCAGCUCCGCGAGGAUUUCGAGCGCCUAUCUGCUAUGGUGGCGUCCGCUGUUGCGCCGCGCAGCCCUCGACCGCGCCAUCGUUUCGGCUCCCGUUCAUCCAGCCGCAGGCGUUCACCUCGACGUACUGCCGAAGACCCGCCUAUCGGCCCGUGCUGGUACCACCAGCGCUUUGGUACCGAAGCCCGCCGCUGCACGAGGCCCUGUACCUGGUCGGGAAACGCGACCGGAGACCGGUAAUGGCUGCGACCGUCUCCACCACGGCGAGCAGCCGCCUCUUCUACGUCGUUGACAGGGUGUCCCGUACCCGGUUUCUCGUCGACACCGGCGCCGACGUGAGCGUACUCCCUGCCUCUCCCGCAGACCGCCGCAGGCCUCCACUUUUCUAUCUCACCGCUGUCAACGACACCGGCAUACCAGUUUUCCGACAGCAGUCCGCCACGCUGAACCUCGGCCUUCGCCGAAAUUUUCCGUGGCUGUUCCUCGUGGCUGGCGUCAAGCAGGCCAUCCUGGGCGCGGAUUUUCUUCACCGCUUCAAUCUCGCUGUGGACGUUGCUCGCAAGCGUUUGGUCGACACCUGCACCCAUCUGUCUGUCCAAGCCCUUUCCGUCGACGCCGUCUCCUGUGAACAAGGCGUGCCCAUUUCUGCCUUAUCCUCUCCUUACGCUGCCGUCAUUAAGGAAUUUCCAUCUCUCACGCAACCACCCGACUGGAACCGACCCGUUAUUCAUGAUGUCGUUCACUACAUCGAAACGACAGGACCACCCAUCUUCUCCCGCGCCCGUCCUCUUGCUCCUGAAAAGCUAAAGAUCGCCCGAUCAGAGUUCGACCAUAUGCUCUCCAUCGGCGUCGCGAGACCAUCCUCAAGCAAUUGGUCCUCAGCGUUACAUAUGGUACCCAAAAAGACCGGCGACUGGCGGCCAUGCGGGGACUACCGUGCCCUAAAUCUCGUCACCGUGCCCGACCGAUAUCCUCUGCCCCGGUUGCAGGAUUUCACGGUGAAUUUGCACGGCACGCGCCUUUACAGCAAGAUCGACCUCAUGAAGGCGUACCACCAAAUCCCCGUCGCAACCGAAGAUAUCCGGAAGACCGCUAUAACAACCCCCUUCGGUCUAUUCGAGUUCCCGCGUAUGCCCUUCGGACUCCGCAACGCGGCUCAAACCUUUCAAAGGUUCAUUGAUUCCGUCGUCCGAGGCCUCCCAUUCGUGUUCGCCUACAUGGAUGAUUUACUGGUUGCGAGCACGAGUUCCGAAGAGCACGUUCAACACCUUCGACAGCUUUUCGCGCGCCUCGAGUCCCACGGCAUCGUCCUGAACCUCCAGAAAUGCGAAUUCGGCGUCUCAUCCAUCGAGUUCCUCGGCCACACAGUCUCUCCCGCCGGCAUCGCACCACUCGCCAACAAGGUCGAUGCCAUCACCAAUUAUCCGAAGCCUACAUCCAUCCGCCAGCUCCGCCGAUUCCUGGGUCUGAUUAAUUUUUAUCGGCGCUUCCUUCCACACUGCGCCGCCACCCUCCGCCCCCUGGAAUUUAUCCUGGCCAAGGCGACAGUACAAUCAAGAACUUUCUCCUGGAAUGCCGAAGCCGAUGAAGCCUUCGCCAAGAUCAAGGCCGAUCUUGCGGCGUGCACCCGUUUGUUCCACCCGAAGCACGAUGCUCCAACCUCACUGAUGGUGGAUGCUUCAGGAACAGCUGUUGGUGCAGUCCUCCAACAACGGAUUGAAGACUCCUGGCGCCCGAUCGCUUUCUUUUCAAAAGCCCUCAAACCUCCCGAACAACGGUACAGCACUUUCGGACGAGAGCUGCUGGCCGCGUACCUUGCCGUGAAGCACUUUCGGCAUUUCCUGGAUGGUCGAUCGUUCACUAUCUUCACUGACCAUAAGGCCCUCACGUAUGCCUUCCGCUCUGCCAGCAGUCGCUACUCUCCCAGGGAAAUUCGGCAACUGGCCUUCCUUGCGGAGAUGUGUGCCGAUAUCCAGCACGUUAAAGGCACCCUGAACAGCCCGGCCGAUGCUCUCAGCCGAUUCCCGUCACUAUCUGCCGUCUCCCAGCCCGUGUCUCACGCUGCCCUCGCCGCAGCCCAGGCUGACGACGACGAGCUGAAGCGGCUACGCCUCAAUCAAAACACCUCCCUCCACCUCCAGGAUUUUCCUGUCCCCGGCGAACCGCUUCCCAUCUCCUGCGACCUAUCAACCUCACGCCCAAGACCUUUCGUUCCUGCCGCAUUAAGGCGUCCCAUCUUCGCCUCCAUGCACGAUCUCGCACAUCCUGGGAUACGCGCAACUCAGCGACUCAUCGCAGACCGUUUCGUCUGGCCAUCAAUGAACCGCGACGUCCGCGAUUGGGUCCGCGCCUGCCAAUCCUGCCAGCGCUCAGCGUCAUACUUUCACACCCAUCGGCAAGUUCGACGUACCCGACAUCCGCUUCGACCAUGUUCACCUUGA